AUGGAUGGAAAUAAAACAAUAGUCAGUGAAAACGCAAAUGAAGGAGAGGAAAAUGUAAAGGAAUAUGAAAAUGUUCACAAGAAAGAAAUAGGGAAGGCACAUAAUGCAACACAACAAAAUGAGAAAGAAAUGAAUGGGAUAAUUCUGUUCAGAGAAAAUGAAGAUGAUGAACUGAGUGAAAAGGGUGAGGCGGGUAUAAACGAGGAACAGAGUUCAAAUGAUGAAGAGGGCGUAAGUUAUAAUGAGAGUGUAAAUCAUGAUGAGAGUGUAAAUCAUGAUGAGAGUGUAAAUUAUGAUGAGAGUAUAAUUCAUGAUGGGAGGGUAUAUAAUGAAGGGGGCAAGGGCGAGGAGCACGGUAGAGGUGCAGAACACCACAAAUUGAAAAAGAAAAGGAAAAAAGAUAAUUAUAUGUCGUCAUAUUAUAUGGACAAUGAAGCUCAAGAGGAUGAGGAGGAAGAAGAGGAAGAGGAUGAGGACUAUGUAGAAAACGAUAUAGAAUAUAUGGAUAGAAAAUCAAAUAAAAUAGGGCAAAAAAAAAGGAAACUGGCAAAAAAUAAAUACGUUUCUACCUUUUUAGAUACAGAAGCACAAGUUGGAGAUGAUGAGGAGGAAGAGGAGUAUGCUAGUUCCUAUAUUGAAGAGUUUGAAGAAGCUAAAAAAUUAGAAAAAAAGAAUAUGUAUGAAACAAAAUUAAAAAGUGGAACAAAUCAUUUAGCUCAAGCUAUAAAUAAACUAUCCCAACGAUAUGAAAAUGAAAAAGAAAUAAAAGAUACAUUAACAGAUGGGGAAACAUUAACAGAUGAAGAAAUGUCAGUAGAUGAUGAAUAUUUUGAUGAAGGGGAAUGUUUAAGUACUUUUGAUAGUCCUAAAAUGUGGUUAAUUAAAUUAUUUAAAAAUGAUGUGGAAAGAAAUCUAGCUAUGGGUAUAUAUUAUAAAUAUAUGAAAUUAAAAGAUAAUGAUUUUAAUAUUAAAGGAAUAUAUGUAUCAGAUAAUUUAAAAGGGUACAUAUACAUAGAGGCAGACAGUCUGUAUAUGUUAAAACGUUUUUUACUAGGUUUUAAAUUUAUUAAUUUAAAUGAAAUAACAAUUGUACCUGUACAAGAAUUAACAUCCAUAUUUGCCAUGUGCCAUUCGAAAGUAAUUAUACCUAAGGUGAAUGAAUAUGUGAGAAUAAAAAGAGGAGUAUAUAUGGAUGAUAUAGGUCAGAUUUUUGAAGUGCAUGAAAAGGGAAUCUAUGCUGUUGUUAGGUUAAUUCCAAGAAUAUUUUAUGAUAAAUAUAAUAAUUUUAAAAAAGAAAAAAACUACAAUAUGAAUAAUAACAAUAGUAGUAGUAAUAAUAAUAAUAGUAAUAAUAAUAAUAGUAGUAGUAAUAAUAAUAAUAGUAAUAAUAAUAAUAAUAAUAGUAAUAAUAAUAAUAAUAAUAAUAAUAAUAAUAAUAAUAAUAGUAGUAAUAAUAAUAAUAAUAGUAAUAAUAAUAAUAGUAAUAAUAAUAAUAAUAAUAAUAGUAAUAAUAAUAAUAAUAAUAAUAAUAGUAGUAACAACUUGUCAGUGUCCAUUAAUAAGGGGAUUUCCCUAUUUGAUGAUAACAUUCACAAACAUGACUCAUAUUAUAUGAUGAACAAUGAUAAAUAUGAUAUGAACAAUAAUAAUCGGAGUGGAAUUUUUCCAAAUGAGAAAAUAGAUUUAUUAGAUGAAGCGUUACAAGUGAAAAGGAAAAAAAAAAAAGAGAGACCUUUAAAAAAAUUUUUUGAUAGAGAUGAAAUUGAGCAAAUAGGUGGAGUCAUUGAGCAUGGUCCAUAUCCAAGAACUAUAAAAUAUCAAAACAAUAUUUUUGAGGAGAAUGGAUAUUUAUUAAAGAAAAUGAAUAUAAAAUAUUUAAUUAGUGAAAAUGCUAAUAUCACAUUAACAGAAAUACGUGAAUUUAAUAAAAAUAUUACGAAUGAAGAUGAUAUUAACUUACAUAUCAGUAAAGCAUUUAUAAAUAAAAAUUCUUUACAUUUAUUUAAAAAAGGAGAAAGAGUAAAAAUUAUGAAGGGAGAAUUGUUCAAUUUGAUAGGAACUAUAACAAGUGUUAAUGAAAAUAUGUUAACAAUAAAUCCUGAUAAUAUAGCUAAAGAAUUUAAAUUUAUGCCUACAGAUGUUACAAAAUAUUUUAUGGAAGGUGAUAAUGUAACUGUUAUUAAUGGUAUACAUAAAGGAAAGAGUGGUCUUAUAUCCCUACUAGAUUAUAAAGAGAAUGUAGCACUUAUUUUUUCCCCUUCAUUAAACACCGAAUUUAGAUCAUCUAUACAAGAUUUAACAGGUUCUACUACUAAUAGUACUAGUGAAGGGUUAGGAGGUAUUAAUACCCUUAAUGGAUUCUCCAUAGGAGAUUUAAUAGAAUUAAGUGAUAGACAAAUUGGUGUAUUAACCUAUAUUGAUAAAAAUAAACACAUUCGUGUAUUAACAAGUAAUAGUAAAAUUUUGCAUACAACCAUUGGUGCCAUUACAACAAAAAGGUCAGCAAUAGGACAAGUAUGUAAAGAUGAAAAUGGAAACAUAAUUCAAGCAAAAGAUACUAUACAAAUAGUUAAAGGAAUGCAUAGAAAUAAAUUAGCCAUAGUUAAUUAUAUAUGGAAAAAUAAAAUUUUUGCAAAAAUAAAUAAAAAAAUUGAAGAUAAUGGUUUUGUAGUUAUAGAUUGUGAAAAUUCUAUAUUAUCAGGAAAUAACAAUGAAAAAAAAAAAAUCAUAACUCAUAAUAAUUUGUUUAGAACAAAUAAUUUUACGAGGAAAAAUCAUUUUCAGUCCUUUAUUGGAAAAACAGUUAAAAUUUUAACAGGUGUUUAUAAAGGACUAUUAGGUGAUGUAAUAGAUGCAGAAAGAGAUGAAUUUACUCUACUCUUAAAAAUUAAGCCAAAGACAGUUAGGCAAAAAAGAAUAGAAUGUGCUAUUGCUGAUGCGUAUAGAGACAACAACAUUUUUGAUGAGAAAUUAAAAGGAAGUGAAAAUACAGUAGACUCAAAAAGAAGACAAGAAGAAAAGUAUGAAAAAAAGAGUCAACGAUUCGAUGAUAAGAAAAAGUAUGAUUCCCCUUUGUCCAAUGAAAAUCAAAGAAGUAUAUUCGAUAGGAGGAAAAAUGAUACUAAUGCAAAGUAUGACGAAAAACAUACUAGUAGUACAUAUAGCACGUACAAUAACCAUAAACAAAGGGAAAGAACUGCUAAUAAUGGGUAUUAUUACUACAACAAUGACAAGAGAAGAAACAGUAACGAAACGGAUAGAAACAACUACGUGUAUGGAGAACACGAGGAACAUGAAAAAUUUGUUAUCCCAAAAUUGACUGAUCAGAAGGACAGGCAUAAUGUAUCCCUCACCUCCAUACAUAAUAAAAAAGAACAUAUAUUCAGAAGGGAAGAGGAGGAGAGGGAGAAGGACGAGAAGGAGAAUAGCGGUUCCUCCUACCACAAGAUUUACACUAAAGACAGAAAUUACGAUAGUCAUUAUAUGGGGGAGAAGCAUCUUAGUAGUCAUAAUAAUAGCAAUGACAAUCGUCAUUAUGGUAGCAAGCCCAGUGGUUGGGAUAUGAAUAAUACUUACAAAAAGAAGGAAGAAAAUUUGUUCAAAAAAGAUAAAUAUGAUGAAGUUAAUAGAAAAUAUAGCAAAAAAAAAGAUCAUACGGAUGAAGAGUACACUGAUUUAAAAUAUCAAGACAAGAAUAAGGGGGGUUCCUUAUUUUCGAAUUAUGAUGAAGAAAAUGAAAGAGAAAGGAACAAGGAUUAUAGUAGAAGAAAGGAUAAAAAUUACGCACAGGAAGAAGGUAGGGAUGGCAGAAAAGAAGAAACAAACAAUGGAUAUGAAGAGGGAAAUAAUAAUAGAGGAGGUAGUAAUAGGGGGAGAAGUAAUUGGGAUAACGAUCAAGAAUAUCUUAGCUGGCUAGUUGCAGGUGUAAUGAUAAAGGUAAUUACCCCGGGGCCAUUUUACAAUGAAAUAGGAAGGAUUAAAGAGGUUAUAAAAAAAAAUACAUACACUAUUUUAAAAAUUGAAACGGACAAAACUUCAUUUAGUAUCGUUUCUGAUGCGGUUGUUCCAUUAAAACCGAGUAAAAAAGGUGAGGAGGUUAUAAUUGUAGAUUUAGAAAAAGUUAUCGAGGGGUCAGUCAUAGAUAUACAAAAUAAUGAAGUUCAAGUGAAUGUUCCCCAUGGGAAUGUAACAUAUGCCCUUCAGAAGGUUUUCAUGUAUAAAAAGAAUUUUGCAUAA